AGAGGAGCUUUCGUAGUCGGCAUCGGCCACUCGCGACGUAAACUCUCCCUCCCAAGUCUCUGUGCCACGUGCUCGCGAAAUCCGCAAGUCCUCCGAUAAAUUUGUUAAUAUUCGCGGUAAUUAAUUAAUUAAAAUUAUUUUUUGUGGUAAAAAUGUGUAAAUUGUGAGCUUAAAUAAUUUUAAUGAGUGCUGUUUAAUUUUUUAAGUGAUUUUUAAUUAAUUAUUUGUGGUUUUAUUUUAAUUAAUUAAUUAAUUAAUUAGUUAAGAAAUAAUGAUGAUAAAAAAUGAAGAUUUAGUGAAUACAAUUUAGAAGAACAAAGCGGAUUUAAUGCGUUGAAUAGAAGUGUGUCAUUAACAAGUUAAUGGAUCAUUACAAACGAGAAUUAGUGUUGAGCUUAAUCCACCUGGGGUGUGUUUCAGCGGUGAAUUGGGGAGUUAGCUGGCCUACUGUGCUACACUACAGCUCGGUACCUACACCGAUAAUCGAGGGACACGUUUAAUCAAAUUGACACGAGCAAACUCUUUCAUCAAACUGAGAACAAAUUCAGGCCAUUUCACCAAUAACUGUUAUUGAAUUACCGGGACCAUCGCAUCUUAUUAAAAGCGCCUACAGCCUACUGUUAUCUGCCGAACUGUGAUGGGACCAAGUGUUGGAGGCCCAAAGUCCGGCACCCCUUCGCGCCGAGCAGACUGUGAAAUCAUUGACGUUUAUGAUUGAGGCGAGGAAAGUUGUAACUAGACCGAAAUUGCCGGAUCGUGAUAAAUUCUGCCGACGAAGGAGGGAUUCAUUGGAGCGACACCACGCGGAAGGAAGAUACCCUGGAACCUCCGGCGAUGGAUUUGGUUCUGCUCUUACUUUUGCUCCUGCUCAGGCGAGAGGUUAUCGCUCUGAGGCUUCUCUCGGUAAACGUGCCGCCCUACAAGUUCAAAGACGAGACUGCGCAUCUAAUAUGCCGGUACGAUUUGGAAACAGAAAAACUCUAUUCGGUGCUUUGGUACAAAGACAAUGAAGAGUUUUAUAAGUAUGUUAAUACGGAUAAAAGCCAACACAUUUAUCAAGUCGAUGGAAUCAAAGUUGACCAUCGGAAUUCAGAUGGGCAGCGCGUGAUCCUCCAGCGGGUGAACUUGGACACCACUGGCGUGUAUAAAUGCGAGGUGAGCGCGGAGGCUCCACACUUUGCAUCAACUUACGGCGAGGCGUAUAUGGAGGUAGUCGUUAUGCCAUCCAAUACACCAAAGAUCACCGGAAAGGAGGCGUUUUAUGCCAGCGGUGACAUUUUGUCACUCAAUUGCACCAGCGAGAAGUCCCAUCCUCCCGCUAAAAUCACGUGGUACAUCAACAAUGUUGAGGUCGAAGCCGACUCCACGAGGACAAUAAUUCAUCGAGAUCGAUUAGUGACAACGAUAUCGACUCUACGCCUUGAAUUAGGCCCGCACCAUCUCUCGAGCGGGGAGAGUAAAGUAAAAUGCAAAUCCAGGGUAGAAACGAGUGAUAGAGCCCGCGAAGCCUUGGUGGAUGAUCGCAUCACCGAAGUAGCAGUCCGUGGGAGCGGAAAUUUUAUCAGGCCGUGUCUGUCGCUGGUGUUGGUAGCAGUGAUGGUAUUACUGGAUCGGAUAGUGAGGAUGGAUUGAAAGCACUUGGUAAGUACGGCGAAAGGUUUCAGAUUGUUCUGUAAGCCUCGAAGCAACAAAGGGCUGUGAACAUUGGGAUAAAGCUGAAGGAGUAUGUGAAUGCGUGUAACACGUACAAUGCCGAGUAGAAGGAGGGAUCUGAGAUAGAGCAGUAGCCCCAUGCCAGUAGAGUGUGCGAGGAUAAAUAUAAAGUUUCCGCUAUAGUUAACUAUAAA